CGCUCAUUGUUGUCAAAAGGCCGGGCCGGCGGAGUGAUCUGUAGUUGUGAAGCUCCUCCUGACGGGAGACAGACAGACAGACAGCGGGGAUCGAUAACAAACCAGACUCGUUGAAGAACUAUGACUGCAACAAUAGACAGCUAGCUGGCUUCUUUAUCUCUUUAUAAAGCCACAAUCACAGGCAAAGCAGAGCAACACAGCAGAGACCAUGGAGAGAAAAGGGGUACCUGUUAAGCGUAUUCUCAACAAGCCCCAGAUAGUCCGCACUCUGGGUGGCAACCUGCACACAGAUGUGAAUGCCAGCCAUUCCCGGGCCGGAUGGUCGCUCCUGACCAAAGUGCAGCGCAGCAGGCACAAGCAUCACUAUGACACCAACCAUCAAAUCAGGACUAAGCCCGAUUUAAACACAACACUACCAGUUCGACAGACAGCAUCCAUCUUCAAACAACCAGUGACCAAGGUGACAAAUCAUCCCAACAACAAGGUGAAGACAGACCCACAGAAAGCUGUGGACCAACCGAAACAACUGUUCUGGGAGAGGAAGUUGAGCGGGUUAAAUGCAUUUGAUAUCGCAGAGGAGCUGGUGAAAACUAUGGAUCUUCCCAAAGGCUUACAGGGUGUUGGGCCUGCAUGUUCAGAUAAAACGCUGCUUUCUGCCAUCGCCAGUGCUCUGCACACCAGCCCCUCGCCUGUCACCGGACAGCUCACCGCUGCUGUGGAGAAAAACCCUGGAGUCUGGCUUAACACGACACAACCUCUCUGCAAAGCCUUCGUAGUGACUGAUGAUGACAUCAGGAAGCAGGAGGACCUGGUGCAAAAUGUGAGGAGGCGGCUCGAGGAAGCCCUCACAGCUGAUAUGUUGGCUCACAUGGAGGACACCGCCGCAGACGCAGCAGCAGCAGCCAACAAAUUGGAGGAGAAGGUCGAGCAGGUGGACAAGGAGGAAUUAUAGCCAAGGCUUGUUUGACAUGAAGUUUGCUGGUAAACUCCUUUUCAUUUUCAAAUAAUUGACUCUGUGAAGAUUUUUAUACAUUUUCAACUGAAAUAGACCCUAAAUGCAGACAUUCUGCAGAUUUUGUUUACCGAAACAAAGACUGUUUUCUUUAUUGUUUUUUUUUUUUUUUUUUUUACUUGUGACAGUGUAACCAUGGAAGGGUGCUUUGGGUUUUCAGUUUUGUUUUACCUCUACUUUCUUUAGACUCUCUAUACCGUUUAGUGUUUUCAGGAAACAAUGACGUCACCAUUUCACCAUUGAUACUAUAGUGAGUCAAAGGAAAAGUACUGUUCCUGUAAGUAGUUGAACUUUUAAGGCAGUUUACGGCAGAUGAUACUCUCUACAAUGCAGUGUUACAUUUAGUUAACAGCUGUUCAAGCUCAAAGUUAAAAACACAAACCUGAUGUGUAUGACUGACGUGUGAAUGUGAAUGCGUGUUUGACUGACGUGUGUGUGUGCGUGCGUGCGUGUGUGUGUUUUGAAUGUAUCAGUUCAUGUUGGCGUCUUAAUUGUGUUUCUUUUUAACAUGAUGGUCAUUUAUAUUUUACUCUGGCACUGCAGGUAGUGUGUUUCAUGUUUGGAAUCAUAGAAAGGUUGCAGUAUGUUUACAUUCAGCACUCUCGUGGCUGUGAAUAAUCACAUUUAGUUUGUUUGAUUUAAAGGUUUUACAGUUCAAAGCAGUGUUAUUUCUCACAAUAACCUGAGUUUACAUGGGUUGAAGUUUUAAGUCAUGGUAUUUGUAUUGACAAAAAGCAAUAUCAGUACUGUUUCGCCAGCCACAUUUGAGUUAAAUCAGUAACAGAAAAACUGUGUACCCUCAGAAAAAAUACAAAAAACAAAUACAACACUGAUGUACCUCGUAACAAGAUGUACUGUACCUCAUUACAAGAUUCAUUAUUUUGUCUCUGUACCACUGUGUCACUGUCAACUAAAUGCAGCUCUUUCAUGA